CGAGAUCUCGACUAGACGUUGAGGAACCGUUCACAAUUGCUCAAGGAAGCCGCAUGCGUCUGGGGUCAUGACGGCUCAAUACAACCCGAAGCACCUGUACUGCUGCUGCCUUUCUGCCCGAACCGGCGUUUUCAUCAACUCGACAUUAGCCGGGCUCAUAUCCGGCCUCGUGGCGGCCGUACAGUGGAUAUCGUUGUUCAACCCGAAAGUUCUUUCAUUUUCAUGUAACGCCGGAGGUAACGUCGCGAUCGUCAACGCGUGUCUGGCGGUGAAAGAUAUGAGCACGAUAUGGAAGGCGUUGACGAUUUCGAUGGCGAUCCUGCAUACGGCCUACGCCGUCAUCUCCAUCGUGGGCUUCGUCGCCGCAUGUCGACGAGAUCGCACUCUCGCGUCUGCCUACUCCAACAUUCUCGUCUUCCAUUUCGUGCUCUCGCUCGGCUUCAGUAUAUGGUAUCUCGUCGAGCUCUUCCGGCGCUCGACCAUCGGAGCCGAGCCGCUCGCAAAUUACAUCGCACUCGUCGUGCGCCUCGUAUUCUGGGGUAUCGAAAUCUCGGGGUGCAUGGCCGCAUACCGAUUCCUCCGAAGCAUCGAUUUCGAGCGCGAGAUAGAUGCGGCGGCGUCGUACGUCCCGAAAAUUUCGGUGUACGGCGAGAAGCCCAUAUCAAGAUGGGACAGCACGCCCUAGUCUCCUCGCCCUCUCGUGGAGCAUUAGAUGGACGCUUUCGAGACUAGAGACCGCGCAGCAUAUAUACACAUCAAUUUGCUUCCUUUCCGGUGGUGCUUUAUCUUCGAUUGGGAUACGGGCUUGGGUUUCGCAUUUGGACAGUUCUGGCUGCUCGCAACGAUGUAUGCUGAUGACAGUUAGCUUGUUCC